AUGUCACCUCUCGGAUCGGUGGCCCUGGCCAAUGGCUCCUCGUCGUCGCCAAAGAAGGUCGCCUACUUCUACGACUCCGACAUUGGCAACUAUGCCUACGUUACCGGCCACCCCAUGAAGCCGCACCGCAUUCGCCUUGCGCACAGUUUGAUCAUGCACUAUGACUUGUUCAAGAACAUGGAGAUUUACCGCGCGAAGCCCGCGACUAGGGGCGAAAUGACCCAGUUCCACACAGACGAGUACAUCGAUUUCCUUCAGAAGGUCACCCCCGACAACAUGGACGCCUACCAGAAGGAGCAAGGCAAAUACAACGUCGGUGACGACUGUCCCGUCUUUGAUGGCCUGUUUGAGUUCUGCGGCAUCAGCGCGGGCGGCAGCAUGGAAGGAGCGGCUCGCCUCAAUCGUCAAAAGUGCGACAUUGCCGUCAACUGGGCUGGUGGUCUCCAUCACGCCAAGAAGAGCGAAGCCAGUGGUUUCUGCUACGUCAACGACAUUGUCCUCGGUAUUCUCGAACUCCUGCGAUUCAAGAAGCGCGUGCUCUACAUUGACAUCGACGUCCACCACGGUGAUGGUGUCGAGGAGGCCUUCUAUACGACCGACCGUGUCAUGACCGUGUCUUUCCACAAGUAUGGCGAGUACUUCCCUGGUACCGGUGAGCUGCGCGACAUCGGCAUUGGCACCGGCAAGUACUACGCCGUCAACUUUCCCCUCCGCGACGGCAUCGACGACAACUCUUACAAGUCCAUCUUCGAGCCCGUCAUCGAGCAUGUCAUGAAGUUCUACCAGCCCGAGGCCGUCGUUCUGCAAUGCGGUGGCGACAGUCUUAGUGGAGAUCGCCUGGGCUGCUUCAACCUCAGUAUGGAGGGCCACGCCAACUGCGUCGGAUACGUCAAGAGCUUCGGUCUCCCGACUCUUGUUCUCGGUGGAGGUGGAUACACCAUGCGCAACGUUGCCCGCACAUGGGCAUACGAGACGGGUGUUCUCGUAGGCAAGCACCUGCCCCGGACGCUUCCUUACAACGAAUACUACGAAUACUAUGCUCCCGACUUCGAGUUGAACGUUCGCCCCUCGAAUAUGGAGAACUCGAACAGCUUCGAAUACCUCGAGAAGAUCAAGGCUGCCGUCAUCGACAACCUCAGACACACUCAACCUGUUCCCUCCGUACAAAUGCAAGACGUGCCUCGUCAACCCCUGCCCGGCGGUAUGACGGAUGAAGAGGAGGCCGAGUUGAAUGAUCUAGACGAAGACGAGCACCCCGACGAGCGAAUGACUCAGCGUCGCUGGGAGCAGCGUACCAACAACGAGGCAGAUUUCGAAGACAGCGACGACGAGGAUAUGGAGCAAGCAAACGGCAUCACUCGCCCUCGUAAUGCGAAGAAGCGGACGUUCCGUGACUACCGCCAACAGGAAGCCGAGGCCAACAGCGGGGCUGCAUCACCAGUCAAUGGCGCUACCGCUGAGGAUGCGCCUAAUGCUGAGCCUAUCGUCGAUGCCGACAUCACCUUGGAAAACCCCGUCGAUGCUGAGGAGACGUCAGAAAAGCCCACUGAGAAGGAGGCUGCCUCUGAUGCUCCUAGAAGGGACGAUGUUGAUGAUGACGGCGAUGUUGGCAUGGAAGAUACUGUUGACGUUGAAGAGCCUGCGACAACCAUUAAGAAGGAGGAAGUCGAAGCAGAGCCUGCCAAGGUUGCAGAGAAAGAAGACAAAGAGGACCAGCCUGUCUCACGCAGACCUUCCACUGAACCCACGGCAGCAACCAAUGCUGCAGAGAAGGCGGACAAUGAAGACACUGAGGUCACCGCCAACGCGACUGUGAACCAAGAGGGGGCAAAGGAAGCCAACAAGGAGGCUAGCAAAGAGCCAGACGCAAUGGGACCUGAGAACACCAGCGAGAACAAGACCGACACUCCCAAAGAGUCUGCUUCAGCAGUCAAAGAGGCUACAGAGAACGAGAAAGAGGCUGACAACAAGCCUGAGGACAAGAUCGCCGCGCCAGAGGAAGACAAGAUGGACGUUGACGAGAAGCACGCAGCUGGGCCUGAGGACGGAGCGGGUGGUACAGCCGAGCACCCAGCAGGCCAGACAGACUAG